AUGUCUCGAUUUCUGGACAUUCGAGAGCUUGGAGAAGCUGCUCGCUACCUUCGUCUCACCAACCUGGAGCAGCUGGCGGCCAAAGCCCAGGCCUUUGACGGUAAACACCUACCUAUCGUCCGGGAAGACCGCAGCAUGGAGCAGAUCGUGUUCCCGGUCCAUCCCAUCUGCGAGUUCCUGACCGAGGAGUCCAAGUUCAGGGUGUUCAACACCACGGAGCAGGACGAGCAGGGGUCAAAGGUCACGCACUUCUUCGAUCAGACCUCCUUCCUGCACGGAGAGAUGGAGUGGCAGAAGAAGCUGAGGAGUAUGCCGGUUCUGUACUGGUUCUCUGGACGGAUGACCCUGUGGGGAACCAUCUCCUUCAAGCUCGCCCUCUUCAUCAACCUCAUCAUCGCCUUCUUCUACCCCUACGACUCGGGUCAAGGAGCCAUUGAUGACUCCAUGCUGUUGAUGUUGUUCUGGAUCCUGACCGGACUCUCGGUUCUGGGUCUGUUCUCUCAGCAGUACGGCCUGCAGCCGCUCACCCUGGCGCUGAUCAUCAGGUCCAUCUACCACCUGGGCAUCGGCAACACGCUGGUCCUGCUCGGCUCGCUCAACCUCAUCAACAAGGUGGUGUUUGUGGUGAGCUUCGUGGGGAACAACGGGACGUUCAUCAUGGGCUACCGGGCCAUGGUGAUGGACGUGGAGUUCCUCUACCACCUGGCCUACGUCCUCACGUCCACGCUGGGACUGUUCGUCCACGAGCUCUUCUACAGCAUCCUGCUCUUCGACCUGAUCUACAGAGAGGAGACGCUGUUCAACGUGAUCAAGAGCGUGACCCGGAACGGGCGCUCCAUCCUGCUGACGGCGCUGCUUGCCCUCAUCCUCGUCUACCUCUUCUCCAUCGUGGGCUUCCUGUUCCUGAAGGAGGACUUCAUCAUGGAGGUGGACCCUCUGGUGCCGCUCUCUGCAGGUGACUUCCUGAAGUCCUGCUCCUCAGACGGAGUCAACUGCACCGCAGAGAUCGGCAUCAGAACCUCCUCUGAGGACGAAGAGGAGGUUAGCGCGGAGCGGGCGUGCGACACUCUGCUCAUGUGCAUCGUUACCGUCAUGAACCAUGGACUGAGGAACGGGGGAGGAGUUGGAGACGUUCUCCGAAAACCCUCCAAGAACGAGCCGCUGUUCCCCGCCCGGGUCGUCUACGACCUGCUCUUCUACUUCGUCGUCAUCAUCAUCGUCCUCAACUUGAUCUUCGGCGUCAUCAUUGACACGUUUGCUGACCUGAGGAGCGAGAAACAGAAGAAGGAGGAGGUCCUAAAGACCACGUGCUUCAUCUGCUGUCUGGAGAGAGACAAGUUCGACAACAAGACGGUGUCGUUUGAGGAGCACAUCAAACUGGAGCACAACAUCUGGAACUACCUGUACUUCAUCGUUCUGGUCCGAGAGAAGAACAAAACGGACUAUACGGGCCCGGAGAGCUAUGUGGCCCAUAUGAUCAAGAACAACAAUCUAGACUGGUUCCCGAGGAUGCAGGCCAUGUCUCUGGUGGUAACCGACGGCGACGGGGAGCAGAACGAGAUGAGGAUGCUGCAGGACAAACUGGCCAACACCAUGAACGUGGUGAUGACUCUGACGGCACAGCUCAACGAGCUCAAAGAGCAGAUGACGGAGCAGAGGAAGAGGAGGCAGAGGAUGGGCUUCGUGGACGUCCAGGCGGGGGCGAGUGGGGCGGGGCCUCCCACCGCCGCCGGAGGGAACCUUCAGGUCUACAAAACCUAAAGAACAUGUGGAGCUCGGUUCUUUAUGAGUCCAGAACCGGAUCAGCAGCUCUGCAUCACAAAAAGCUGAUUUUAGUGAUUUCCAGAACGUGUAAAUAUCUUACCUGUGUACAAGUGCAGUUUUAUGUGAUUUAACUUAUUAGAAACGGGUGACGUCAGACUGUAACUCCAGAGUUCUUGUUGUGCAAAAUAAAAAUGUUCCUGCA